UCUUUCAGCGAUGGAAGUUUACGACUCAACACCAAGCUGUCUUUUCUUUACGGUCGUCACAUCAGCCUGCUGCACUUCUCUCAGGUUCAGAGGCACACGGUGAUGUCGGUCCACGACCCGACAACCGAGCCAAGCGCUGUCCGCCUCGACGGCUACACCAUCAUCUGCGUCUGGAACAUCAGAGAGCCGUCCAGACCUCAAAAAGUCCUCGUCUACGACUCACAGAUCCACUGCUGCUGCUUCAGCCCUGGAAAGGCCACACUGGUGUUUGCAGGCACCUCAGUGGGCUCUGUGGUGCUGUGGGACCUGAGGGAACACGUCAGGAUCCAUCCCUGUAUGAAGAUAGGAGAGGAGGAGUGGACUUUCAGACAGCCCACCUUCUCCACUGACGCCGUGUUGGCCGGCUCUGGACAUCUCUCAUCUGUGACGUCUGUAGAGGUCGUCCCCUCUGCUGCUGCGGCAGGGGGGGGGUCGAGGCCAGGAGUCCCCCUUUUGGCAUCUGAGGAAGAGUCCUCCGGGUCGUCCUUCCAGUUGGCGUCUCUGGAUGAAAGUGGGGUUUUAAACGUCUGGGUGGUAGUGGAACUCCCAAAAGCCAACGAGGCGGGCUCCCCAACAGACCUCGGGCUCAGGCCGGGGGGAAAAGUCAAGCUCCUUCACAGCUCCUCGCUCCUCACUGCUGAGAGGGUGUCCCCUCAGGAUGCUUUGACCACAGGACCGUCACAGACUCAACAUUUAAAGUUCCUCCCCACAGACUGCAAUCAUUUCUUUAUCGGCACCAACAUGGGUCUGGUCACUCAUGGAACAAGUCAUGGUCUGAAGGCUCCUCCAAAGUUUUACAGGUUUCAGGAGGCUGGACUCCGACCUGUCGAUGUCACCUCCAUCAGCUUUAAUCCCUUUGUGUCUCAUUUGUUCCUGGUGGGUUGCAGUGAUGGCAGCAUCAGGCUGCAUGCAGUGAGUCAUGAGCAGCCUGUGGCCCAGUGGACAGCAGGUGAAGCUGUGGUGUCGCUGCACUGGACCAAAACCAGACCAGCAGUCUUCUGUGCCCUGGACGCCGCCUCUAAGCUGCACGUCUGGGACCUGAUGAGCAGAGACUCUGAGCCCGUGGUGACGGAGAGGAUUCACAGUGACAGGGUGACGGCCGUGGCCACCUUUGGAGACUCGGGACAACACAACACAUACUCAGGAAUCGGGCUGGCACACGAGUCAGGGAAAAUAGAAAUGCUGUAUUUCUCCAGAAAGUUUACUGUUCCUGUGAUGGCAGAAGAGGAGAAGUUAGAAAGUCUGAUGGGCGACGCCUUCUGAAACUCUGCUGAUGUGACUUCUUCUUCUGGACGGAUGAACUUCAGACGAGCACAAAGAUCACACAUCGUAAAGUGAAGACACCUUUAAACCUGAGUGAACAUGUUUGCAUUGACAGCUCAGAGAGGACACCAAAGAUUCCCCACAGACGACCAGCUAACUUCAUGUGCUUCAUACAGAGAGUAAAAACAUGUAAUGUAAAUAUUUCUACUGUUUGUCAAAGAUUUGUACCUGGUUAACACGUAUAGUUUUAUAUAAAAAUAAACUGGUUAUACCUCA